GACAGAUAAACGCAGCAGCUAUUGUGUAAUCUUGCUCUAGACCUUAGUGGAAAAGGCUCCAAAAUGAUGGAAAAUUCAAGCCUAUCUCCAGAUUCACAGGGAAAAUAGAUCAUGGUACCUGGUGAUGGCCAGCCGCCGGAAGGCCAUCGCGGCUCUUCAGAUCGCCAAUCCGAGGGGGUCUCAUCUCGACGUCGGAGGCGAAUAGAAAGACAACGGAUGCCGGAAGAUGAGCGCACAGCUCGGCAACAGCGCAGACAGCGGUUACGGGACCAACGUGAGAAAAAAGAUGAAGUUACUGAAGUAAUUGACACAAAUAUGCCAGACGUAGGGGAAGAACAAGGAAUAGGAUCAAAUGAGCCUACAGAGACAGAGACCGAAACUACCCAGGAGCGAAAGCCAUGGGAGACCUUAGUCAUUGGUUGUGAUCUUGGAUACAAUUUGAGCCAUAUUGAAACAAAGGAUCGCGAGAUCGAACAACACCGAUAUAUUGUGAAAUACCACCAAGAACAUUCGCCAGACGAGGUUGCCCAUAACCAGAAAGUCCUGGACAGACUAAUAAAAGAGAGGUCGGAGAUGGAGAAUAAUGAAGAGAAUAAUAUGCCCGAGAAUCAAAGGGAAGAGAAGAACCGGAUUGGUCAACGAUUGGAAGCGUUGAAUUGGGCUCUCGACACUUGUCAAUGUGAGGCCGAAGAGGCCAACAUCCGAGCUGCUAUUCAGGGGUACCAUUCCGGGGACAUCCCGUACUCGGACAAUUUCACUCUCAUCUACGCUGGGCACAUUGCCGACGUGUGCCCUACGUACCGAUCCUUCUGCGUAGACAGAAAGGAGAGGCUCGAUCGGUACUACGCAAAAUAUGGAUCAGGCUGGCUAUGGCACGAACCUCCCUUAUCUGAGGGGACAGACGGCGUGUUGGCAAAGAAGGGCCUAUGCCUCAAUCGAACGACCACAAGAGGGACUUACGACAUCGGAAAUUAUCCCGUAUAUCAGAUAUUCUCCAUCGACAGAACAAAAGUGAGCAGAGAGGAUGAGGAAACUUACGAAGAGUUACCCAAGAAGGAGAGACCGCCGAAGAACCCCAAAUCCACCGCCCAUCUCAAAACCAUCAUGGACAGCGGAGCGACUUUCCCGGUUUUGCCCAUAGCCGACUUCCAACAUCUAAACGUCAGCCUGAGGUGGUUGGCGGCGCAAGGCGUCAUGAAGGUGGCGACGGCAACCCAAACCGUCGUGCGUAGGUUUUUCGAACUGCACGUAUCGGUCUGCACAGAAAAGGGAGAAACCCUGGUUGGAAAGGGGGACGAUGCGGUAUAUCCGGAAGAAGAAAGGUUACUUGGGGGUCUCUGUCCGGUCAUAAUAGAACAAUCGAAAACGACAAAUGCGCGUUGGACCGACCGUUUAAGCGGCAUGGUGCCGUUCGAGUAUUGCUAUAUGUCCUCAACGCCAACGGCGAUGGAAUUCUGGCUCGGGGAGGACCGUAGAGAUGUGCUUGGAUCGAGACGCAUGCCGGCACUUGCACGGCAUAACCCAGAGUCGGACAUAGGCGUCGAUAUCCCAAAGCAAUUUGAAGCGCUACGAGACCAAGCAAAGACGCCUGACGAGGUGAUAUUCACGCAUCACCUAGGGGAGCAACAAGCUACCACUCUCAUCGAUAGAGAUUGGCCAAAGAUGCGAGGGAGGUGCGAGCUCUCGACCAUCAUCAAUAAUCCAAAUGACCAAGGAUGGUAUGACCCUAUAGAGACGAGAAAGUGUAUCUUAGAACCACGUGUAGGCUCAGUUUGGAAAGCACCUUGGACACCCGAAUGGCGGGCUGAUUUCCUGUCCAAGGAGGAAUUUGAGAAUCCAAGAUAUCAACACAUAGGUGAAGAGCCACAGGCACCGCCAAGGAGAAGAUGAGGAUAUUGUCAUGUAAAAGAAUUAAAAAAAAAAAAAAGAGAUCAACGAUGAUGAUCAUUGAAGGGCGAGAAGAGCUUCUCAUUUCAUCAAACUGCUUGUAUCAAGUGAAUCGAAUGAUCACAACUUGAGCUAAGAUAGAUACUUACUGUAGGUAUAUAAGCGAGGUAUGGCAUACUCAUCCGCAAGUCGCCAGUAACAUUGACGAUAGUAGCUUCGAAAUACCAAUUCACGUUAUACGUCAAAUAUUCGUUAUGCGAUUAUUGGCGUGGUGAUAACGCUCCAUGAAGAAAUUAGAUCUUCAGGAGGAA